AUGGCGAUAACAGUUACAGCUUGUCUGAGCUCAUCUAGUAGUUUUGUUUUAAUUUUAUGAUGAUCUGAGUUUUAUUUCACACACUGCUAGCUGUUUUAGGUAGAGUUGGGGGUGGGGAAAAGGAUCAAUCUAUUUUUGGCAACUGAAGAAAACUGAAGUGAAGUUUUAAACGACUUUCAAAGUCAAAUAGAUAAAAUACAUAAUAUAAAAAUAAUUUAAAGUAGAAAUUUAUUGAAAAAAUGGCAAACUCUGAUUCAAUUCAAGUUAGUUCAUUACCUCUACCACCGAUCCAGUACAUUAAUUUGUAUACAGACGAAAAUGUACGUCGAGGAAGAGCUCCUAGACCUCCUCCACCAAUUCAUGAUAACUACUCGAUGUUUGGCAAUCUUUUUAAUGCAGAUGACACAAUUAUAAGACCUUUGGAAGCUCAAGGAAUCAAAAGACUCUAUCCUCAACAUUUUGACAGACGUAGAGAAUUGAAAAAAUUGAAUCAUUCUCUACUUGUGAAUUUUUUGGAUCUAAUAGAUCUUUUAGUUCAGUGUCCUGAUAGUCCUCGAAGAGCUGAAAAGGUGGAAGAUUUAAGCCUUCUGUUCAUUCACAUUCAUCACCUACUUAAUGAAUUCCGGCCACACCAAGCUAGAGAAACAUUGCGAGUGAUGAUGGAAUUACAAAAACGUCAAAGAUUAGAAACUGCGAUGAGAUUUCAAAAACAUCUGGAGAAAGUGCAAGAAAUUUUACACCACGCUCUUCAAAUGUUACCAGAUACAUCAGAAUUAGAUUCUAAAUUAGCAAUAAAUACGGAAGCCAUGGAAUGCAGUGAUAGUUUGAACUCUGAACAACAGAAUGUCGAUCCAUGUAGUCCAAAUGAUAGGAUAAUGUGUAAAAUGAUUGAUGAAAUGAUUUCUUCGAAUAAUCUAUUUUAGUAACAAACAAUAAGUUUAAUUUUAUUUUACUUUUAUGAAUAAUUUGUGAAUAUCUUUAGAGUGAUUCUAUUAAUAAGUUGUAAAUAUGAUCUCAUAAUAAUUAUUAAGUACUUUUGCAAAUAAAUCUUAUACCUACUAGGAUAAUAAAAAUGACUAAAGGUAUUUUUAGA